GAGAGACGAACGUGUAUACCUAUCUUGGAAAUCAGAGGUCGCAGAGAGGUAGCGCAAUGGAGGAAGAGGAGCAUGAGGUGUACGGAGCAGAGAUCCCAGACGAAGGAGAAAUGGACGGCGACUUGGAUGCUCUCCAUGCCGACGUCGACAUGUCCACCGCCGACGACGACGCCGUAAAGGAGCUGGAUGAGAUGAAGAAGCGGUUGAAGGAGAUGGAGGAGGAAGCUGCUGCUCUUCGCGAGAUGCAGGCCAAGGUUGAAAAGGAAAUGGGAGCUGUUCAAGAUCCUGCAAUUGCUGCUGCUUCUCAAGCAAACAAGGAAGAGGUGGACGCACGAUCUGUUUUUGUUGGCAAUGUGGAUUACGCAUGCACACCUGAAGAAGUACAGCAGCAUUUCCAAUCAUGUGGUACGGUUAAUAGAGUGACUAUACUGACAGAUAAGUUUGGCCAACCGAAGGGUUUCGCUUAUGUGGAAUUCGUUGAAACUGAAUCUGUUCAAGAGGCUCUCGGCCUAAACGAAUCUGAGUUGCACGGCCGGCAAUUGAAGGUUUUGCCUAAAAGGACGAAUGUUCCUGGUAUGAAGCAAUACAGACCUAGACGCUUCAAUCCUUAUAUGGGUUACCGCUUCAGGAGGCCAUAUGUACCUCCUUACUUUUACUCGCCCUAUGGAUAUGGAAAGGUUCCGAGGUUCAGAAGGCCAGCUCGAUACAUGCCGUAUUACUGAAAGAUUGGUUGCAUAAUCAAAUACAAGGCCUGUCAUUUCAUAUUUACAGUUGAUUUUUAGUUUUAAUCUGGUAGUUGUAUCGAUUUGCCGUUACUGCUAAGUACACUAUGAACUGGAUGAAUAGCCACCUACCUAUAUUGCUGUUGAAGUAGCUAAUAAAAGUUUCAUAUUGGCCAA